AUGGAAACAAAAGGUGUUCUUUCCGAUGGAACUAAGGUUGCGGUUAAACAGCUUAAAGCGGGAAGCGGACAAGGCGAACGCGAGUUUCAAGCAGAGAUUCAUAUCAUUAGUAGAGUUCAUCAUAGGCAUCUUGUUUCGCUUCUCGGUUAUUGUAUAAUCGGAUCUCAAAGGUUUCUUGUUUACGACUUUGUGCCUAAUAAGACUCUCGAGUUUCAUUUGCACGAGAAAAGAAGACCGGUAUUGGAAUGGCGAAAGAGGAUGAAGAUUGCUUUAGGUGCAGCUAAAGGAUUGGCAUACUUGCAUGAAGAUUGUAAUCCUAAAACAAUACACCGCGAUGUUAAGGCUGCCAAUAUACUAAUCGAUGAUAGCUUUGAGGCGAAGUUAGCGGAUUUUGGACUCGCCAAGUCUUCUUUAGACACCGAUACUCAUGUUUCCACUCGGAUAAUGGGAACAUUCGGUUACUUAGCUCCUGAAUAUGCUUCUUCCGGGAAACUAACCGAUAAAUCAGAUGUCUUUUCAUUCGGAGUGGUGUUGCUUGAAUUGAUAACCGGACGUCGACCUGUUGAUAAAUCACAACCUUUUGCUGAUGAUGAUAGUAUCGUUGAUUGGGCCAAACCUCUGAUGAUACAAGCUCUAAACGAUGGAAACUUUGACGGUCUUGUUGACCCAAGGCUAGAGGAUAACUUCGAUAUCAGCGAAAUGUCGCGAAUGGUUGCUUGUGCUGCUGCUAGUGUCCGCCAUUCAGCAAAACGUCGCCCAAAAAUGAGUCAGAUAGUUCGAGCAUUUGAAGGAAAUAUAUCUCUAGAUGACCUAACCGAAGGAGUCACUCCAUGUCACAACACUAUCUACAGUUUAGACGAUAGCUCGGAUUAUAGCUCAACACGAUAUAAAGAAGACUUGAAGAAAUUCGAGAAAAUGGCAUUUGAAAGCCAAACAUUUGCUAGUAGCGAGUGUACCGGUUUGACCACUAGCGACAAUGGUCAGAACCCAUCAGGUACUUCCUCCUCUAGCAUCAUCAUUGAAGGUCAACAUGCAACGCAAGAGAUCGAACCACAGAGACAAUAA